AUGUCUUACACCGACUCCAUUGUUGUCAUUAUGUUGACAUCGAGGAUUGAGGCUGUUGGAAGACGAAGGUUGUUGGAAGAAGAACAGGGUUUACGACACGAAACAAUUACAAAAUGGCUGGAUCCAGAAGCUGCUGCGCUCAGCCGAGAUGCCUUGGCAAAGAUUGUGUACUCAAGAUUGUUUGACUGGUUGGUUGAUAAAAUUAAUAAUUCUAUUGGUCAAGACCCUGAAUCAAAAUCCUUAAUUGGUGUGCUGGUUAUUUAUGGCUUUGAGAGUUUCAAGGCUAACAGGUUUGUAACUGGCACACCUUUUGUUGUGUAA